AUGACAGGAAUUCCUCUUCUUUACCCGCAAUUCAUUCUCUCUCGGCAGAAGAGCAAGCAUCUCCUGACACAAAAUAAGUGCUUAGCAGACCAAUUGCGUCUUUUUUUUUCUCUUUUUUUUCUCUCUUCCUCUCCUCGGUGUUCAUUCUUUGUCUCUCAUCUCUACCUCUCUUAUUUUCUCUCUCUUUCAUAUGCUCUUUCUCUCUCUUUCAUAUGCUCUUUCUCUCUCUCUCUCCAUCUCUUUCUCUCUCUCUCUCCAUCUCUUUCUCUCUCUCUCCAUCUUUCUCUCUCUCUCCAUCUCUUUCUCUCUCUCUCCAUCUUUUCUCUCCCCCUCUCUCCCUCUCUCUCCUCCCUCUCUCUCCUCUCUCUCUCCCCCUCCUCUCUCUCCCCCCUCUCCCUCUCUCUCCCCCCCUCUCUCCCCUCUCCCCUCUCUCCCCCUCUCCCCCUCUCCCUCUCUCUCCCCUCCCCUCUCUCUCUCCCCCCUCAGCUCUCUCUCCCCCCUCUCUCCCCAGCUCUCUCUCUCCUCUCCCCAGCUCUUCUCUUCCCAGCUCUUUCUUCCUUCUUUCCCUUCUUUUUUCUUCUUCCAACUUUUUUCUUCAUAUUUUUCUCCAUCAAAUUAUCUUUACUGUUUAUUUUUCUUCCGCUAUUUCCUUUUUCUACAUCUUGUUUUAUUUUCAACUUUUUCUCUCUUACUUUCUUUUUCUUUCCAUCUAUAUUCCUUAUUUUCGUUUGUUCAUUUAUUUAUAUUUGUUCAUUUAUCUAUCACAUUACAUUCUCUCACUCUUCCUCUCUUUUCUCCUUUCAUAUUCUUUUUCCCGUCUCCCUCUCUUUCUCCUUUUUUAAAUUUCCUUUCAUCUGGUUUUCUUUUUCUAUUUAUUUCUCAUCAUCUCUCUUUUUUUUCUCUUGUUUUUCUCUUUUCCGCUCUUUUUCGACAUCUCUUUUUCUUUUGAUUUCUUUUUCCCUAUAUUUCUCACCAUCUCUCUUUUUUCUUUUCUUCUGUUAUUCUUUCUCUUCUCUUCCCUUCUCUUUCUGCCCCUCACUCUUUUCUUUAGCUUUCUUCUUUCACAAAUUCUCUCAGCGUUUAAACCAAUCUUCUUCAGGAGUAUGUAGCACCUGUAUGCCUUCAUUGAUUCAAGCGAAACAUAUCUUGCAGAAGGUUUUUUCUUAA